AUGGCGGACGAAGUCGAAAGAAAUCGCCUUGUAGCAGAAUUUUCCGGAGUCACUGAUGUUGAUGCAGAAAGGGCUCAGUUUUACUUGGAGUCUGCUGGUUGGGACCUACACGUAAGUAUUCUACUGUAAUUUCUUGCUUUAAUUCCGCGCUAACAGGACUGUUCUUCAAUAAUGGUUACUGUCUCUUUCACUUCCUUCUUUAAUUUUAAUAAGCUCUUUCAUCACUCACCUUGAAUUCGAAGCUUUGUGAUUUUCAGUUUUAUUUUGUAUAAUGGACAAUUUUAUUUAUUCAUUUUUUAAUGAAGCUUGCCAUCAGUAGUUUUUAUGAUACAAUGGGAGAAGAUGAUGGUAACAUAAGACAUGAACCUCCCGAGGAAGUAGAACAGGUCAGAUUCCUAAAUUUCUUUAGAUUAAUUCAAAAUAUAUUUCUAAGCUUAUGUGAAAACAGCACCUACCUGAAGGUAGAAUUUCUGCAAAAUAUUGGCUUGUUGCUCAGUACUUUUGCUUUUGAGUGUCUUAUUCUUUUUUUUUUUAUUCUUGUUAUCUCUUUAGUCAUUAAUGUGGCUACAUACAGACUGUAUUUCGUCUUUGCAUAGCCUCCUGUGGAGGGGGGGGGGCAUUUUUUCUAUUAAUAGGUUAAUGGGAAUGUGCCACUGGAUGGGGUCGCAUUUUCACAACUGGAUUGACUAUAAUGGGGUUGCAUUUUCAAUAGAGUUAUUAGGAUGGGGACACAUUUUUAAGAUUUUGGAAGUCAGAAAAUUCAGGUAGGUAGGGAUUUACAAAUGGGAAGGUAUUAACUACAUUAACCCGAGUCACAAAUUUGUCAAUAAUUCAUUUCAGGACAACUUAGAAAAAAGGUAGAUACAUAAACAGAAAAUCGUGAAAAGUAACUUUUUCCAAGAGUGACUAAGAUGGGGUCUAUAAUUGGCCACAGAAUAGACUGUAAUGGGGUAGGGGUUCUGAGAGGCCAGCAGCACAUACCCAGCCAAAAUUAACCUAAGGAACCUUCCAGGUGCAUAGCAUAUGAAAUCUUCUGCCAUUUUGUCAAACUCUGCUCAGUGAAAAAAGCUGAUUUGGUUAUCAUGAUGCCGAUAAUGCUCCUUGAGCUUUUUGGGACAGCUGGCUUGUUGCAAAUAGCCAACUAAGUCAACUAACUAGUCACUUCCAGUCAACUGUGAGUGAGCAGUCUUUCAGUAAUUGAAAUCAAAAACUAGGCAGCAAAAACAAAAAGGAGGGGUCUUGCUAUGUUCCUUGUUUCACGUUUCAGUUCUAGAAGCAUGCCUUGGUAAAAUUGAGAAACAGAACCAUUAAAAAAACAGAUUGUAGAUAAAGAAUAAAGAUUGCUAGUUAUACUUCCAGCCCCUUAUGUUGUUCACUAUAAACAGAAACCAGUCACAAGAUCAAGACGGGGUGUUCAAGGCAAUAAGGGGUAAGGAAAAAUUGAUUGAACAAAAAAUAUGUAUUAUUAUUAAUAAAGGCUUGUUUAUGGUGGAAGGUGCACUUAGCUUAUCCAGCUAGUUUACUGGCACUCCACUUAAAUACUUAGAAACAAGUAAUUCAAGCCCAACAUAAAUGGGUCAAAAACCCCAACUGGCAGGAGGCAACCAGUUGGCUAUUUACAAGCAUGGCUGCGGGUUUGAACUCGGGACAACUGAUAACAAAUCCAGUAAAUGGCCAGAGCAAGACUCAAACCUAGGACUGCGAGAUUGUGAGUGCGACACACUGACCACUUGGCCACACUGCCUUCAUUAAUGAUAAUGAUUAAUGGUUAAGAUAAUACUAAUAAUUAUUAUAACUCUCAAUACAACAUUAUUUUAAUAUGGUUCUUCUGUUCUUAUCUUUCCUCCUGCAUGGGUUAAAGGGUACUGUCAAAUACAGUGUAAGUGACGUAGCAGGUUCCUCUUUUUAAGGUGUCGUUUUCCUUGAUUUUGGGUCUAAAGCAGUUACAUCAUUUACUGGGGAUCUAUGUUUAAUUAGCAGUUUGGUAUCAGCAAUCUUGCAUAAACAGUUUGCACUUCUCAGAGGUUCCCUUCAGGGAAGCUUUGACAGUAGUUCCUUCCAAAAAUGGGAUGCACAUUUUGGGGACAUAAAAUGCAUUUCACCACCCAUGUAAGAACAGUACUAAAACCAAGCUUACCCCGCUCCCAACAGUGUGCAGAGUAGCCCUGGCCUGAGCAUAGGCUCAACUUCUGCUGCUCUCUUGAGAUGUCUGGUUUUAAUGUCCCUCCCCAAGAGGAAUGAGUGCAAUUUGUCAAACAGUGCCUGAUGUGUAAGAGGGCCUCUUGGGGGGUUGAAUAUGUCCCUAGUCUGAAUUUGAAAACCUGUUGUUACGCGUAAUGAGGAGAUCAAAGCCAUGUCACUGUGGGUAUUUUUCAAUUGUAUUUGCGCUUUUCUCUGUUGCUGUCGCAGUUUUAACCCAUAUUUGUGUCAUUUUUUGCCAUUUCUGCUGUGUCGCUGUUUCAAGGCCAUGUUGCUUGUCAGAAUUAAAUUUUACCCUAACGGGGCCUUAGUUAAGCUAACCCUGAACAUCCCUCUUACAGUCCUUUUAAUUCUCUUUAGGAAGCAUUUAUAAACAGUCAUACUAUUUUCUUCCCACUGAACGAAAAAUACUAGCAUUUCAGUUUUAAAAUCAAAAUAACUGAGGAAUGUAAGGAAUUUUAUCAAAGUUUUGAUGAAACCAAUUGUGUUGUUCCAAAUAAAUUUUUUAGAGGAAACAUUGCAUCGCUGUCAAGUAUGCAUGCUGAAGAGAACAGUGACAGUGAAGGAGAAGAGGGUCAAGCAUUUUACGCUGGUGGAUCAGAGAGAAGGUAUGUAUAAUUAUGUUACAGUUGUACUGGUCAAAUUUGGUUUCAGGUUAACAUUUUUAAGCUACCGGUAGGUUGAUUUUCAAUUUUUUUUUGUCUUCUGAGGCUAGGAGACAAAUUAAAGGGAAUGAAGAAUCAAGCUAAGUUAAAUGAAAAUUAACCUGAAGUCAAAUUUGACCUGCAACAUACACAGGCCUUGGUGGAUUAACUUUGUUAAUUGACGUAUCUAAUGUUCCAAAGUUGUGGGCUUUAACAACAAUCUCCAGAUGUCAUGCUUCAGGACUCAAAAAGAGUGCUUUCAGCUAGUCUGGGAAAGUAGAAUUUCCUGCCUGGCAAGUACCGUAUUUCCUUGAAUAAUAGCCAUCCCUCGAAUAAUCACCUCCCACAAAUAAUCACCCCCACCCCUUUGACGGAAAUGUUUAAAAUAAUUCCCUCCCUCAAACAAUCAUCUACCAAAUUUUAAUGGUUAAAAAAAGUAAAUUAAAACUUGCCUGGGGCAAGGAAAAUGUUAGAGCUGUUUUUGUCCUAACCUGGGCAAGCUGAAAUUCAAGCUUUUUUCAAGCCUUGGCGUUUGCUUUGUGUUGACAUUCCAAUGUUACAAUUUACUACUAAACAUGCUGGUUUUCAUUUUGGGUAUGUGCAGAAAGUAAUUUUUUUCCCAUUAAAUGUUUCUUUUAAUUUGGUGUUUUAAUUUUGUGAAGGAUCCUUCCUUAUUAUUUCUGUGAAAGAUAAAACAACUUUAUCACAGCAAUGGUAUUGCUUGUCAAGCCUUUGUCUCCUGCUUUUUUAAGGUACUGUCAAAUCAUUAAAUCAACACAUGCUGCAUCAUGAGAUGGAGAGAUCUCAGCAAUGCAUGGGCAAUGUUAACUUACAUGUAUCAGUAAACUGAAAAGUAACACAAUUCGCUUCUACGUACUAACAUGGUAUUUUAUUUGGUAGUGGUCAGCAAAUUCUUGGUCCACCGCGAAAGAAGCAGACUUCAGAUGACGUAACACAAAGUAUAUUUGAUGAAGCAAAAAGGUACUGCAUACAAACUUUUAACUGACAGACAUUUACGUUUCUGUGCAUUUGUUCUAUCUGCGAAAAAAAAGUGUCUGUAGCUACUGCUAAUAAUAAUAAUAAUAAUAAUAGUCUUUAUUCAAUCAAAGGAUAAAAAUACAUAUCCUAAUUAAUACACGAUAAAAUACAAUAGUAAUAUAAGAUAGAAUAAUACUAUAAUACUAAAUUAUAUUUAAAAAUAAGUCUAUUUACAAAAGUUUUCUUGUAUAUCUCCGUUUUUAUCUGAGGAAGGUGACACCUUCUCCCAUGCAAACUAUAAUACUAAUUCUUUAUCUUUGGGAAUGAUCGCACCUAGCAUAUGAUUAUCAAUAGCUCUUUUGAAAGCGGAUUUAUCUUGCUGUUCUAAAAGAUUAAAGAUGCUGACUGUUUGCAAGGUAAAAUGACGCUUAUGGCACUUGUCUAAAAAAUGCCGUAUAACAUUUAAAUCAGAAUCAGAAGCGCCAUACACAGGGAACUAAUUCCGUUGUGCUCAUUGCCAUGGCUUCCCAAUGUCAGACUCUUGUUGAAAGAAGUCACGUCAUUUUUGCCUUGAAAAGAAAGACAUCUGAUUGGCUCAAAAUGUCAACAAAAAGAUUAGGAUAUGUUAGCAUUCAAGGUCAUUGUCACUGCAGACACUCAUUCAAAAUUAAGUGUCAUUCAGGAUGUUAAAAUGACUGUAUCACAAGAAAUUAUGUAUUCCUUUAUAUUAGAGAGCUUUAAAAUCAUGUUCAUGGCAAACAGCAAAUGUCAGGUUCAAGUUGACGGUUCUUGUAAUAAUUAUGAGAUUAACAGAUAAAAACUAUGCAAAAUAAUUCUUAUAAAUGAGCCUGGCCGGAAACUACUUAAUAGGUUUUGGAAGACAUAAACAACUGGUUAACCUGAACAAGUAAAAGGAAAACUUUAUUUUGUAGUACAAAUUGAUGUUUUCCGGCUGCUGUGAAUGUGAUUCUGAAUCUCUCUAUUAUUAAACACAAAAAGGGCAUAAAAUAUCAUAACUCUGACCGAUAUAUUGGUGUGACUGGAUGAACAAGCAAUAUUAAUUUAUUUUAUAUUUCUUGUUAGACAUGGUGCUGAAGUUGUCGCUGAUGAAGAUGUUGCCGGACCAUCAGAAAGACAACUCCCUGCUUUCAAGGGUGCAGGUAAUAUUUUUAAACAAUACCGACACAUAGGUGGACAGAGAGCAAGAAAUAUGACUUGAUCAUAUGUGCAAUUUCUUAGCAUCUGACAUGUUUCUGCUGAAUUUCUCUCUCUUCUUUGCACUGUGAAAAUGAUAAACUUUAUUUAGACAGGGCUAUAGUUGGCAUAUUUCCAAAACUAAUAAACCUGUGGCCUUCUACCUGUAAGUGUCCCCAACUAAAUAGAGACCCUUCAAAGAUCGAACUGGUGUUUGGAGUAUAGGUUUUUUGAUCAGUGGGAAAAACUUAAAUGCCAGGAAAAAAAUGUCUUUGAGCAUCGAAGAGAACCAACAACAACCACAUACAGCAUCAAUGAAUACACAAUACCACAAAGGCCAAGACUUAGUUAAGCAAGUGCAGAGGCUCCCGAUUUUAGAUCUUUGGAGGUUGGCAUCUCUGCUGUUUUACAAUUUCCCAUUUGUAUUUAACCACCUGUCAGCAACAACUUCACAUAAUUUGUGGUCUGACUCUUUGUUCACGGUAUGUGCUACAUGUCUCGGAGUAUAAGAACAACUUUAACUGAACACAAAGCACUGCUGGUAUUGUAAAAUUAUACCUGUAUGCAACAAAUUAUAUUUGAAUGAAAAGGUUUGUCAGAAACUCUUGCUUCCAGGAAAGACCCCCUGUGGUUCUACUCUGGUAAGUCAUCGAACCCUGUAAGAAACCUCUAACUCUUGCCAUUUUGAGUGGUUGCUUGCUGGAGGUUAAACUGUGGUUAUAUUGAAGGAAAUUUAACUCUGCCAAUAAUAGCUUUUCAAAUUAGCUUAAAUUUUGGAUGAUUAGAUUAUUGUUUUGUGGAAGGGUUCAUAACAUGUGAUUUCUCGUGGGGGGGAAGGGGGGUAUUCCUGGGAAUUUGUGGUGUGUCGCCCAUUUCUCCAAAUCCUGACCCUGUUUCAGACCAAAAAAUUGUCAUUUUCCAGACCCAUUUUCAGACCUGGCAUAAGCAGACAUAAUGUUAUCAUUACUUAGAUUAGAACACCAACAAAAAGAUUUCUGAAAAUCCACCUUAAAUUUGCAUAUUGUUCUUUCUUUCUUAUUUGGAAUUGAAAUGACAAAUACGUUUAUGCAUUCCCUCAAAAACCAUACAGAGCAAAAUGGUGCAAAAACCAUACCCUUUGGGCAGUACAUACCCAUAAGGCAUAUAUAAGGGAGUAUCCCCACCCCCUGCCCCGGGGUUUUUCCUUUCUUCAAUACUUUUUCAUCUUCAAAUGUACAGGAUAUCGUCUUGGUGAUACAGAAGGAGGUGGAUCACAGCCUUUGCCCGAAACAGUUUCAAGCAGAAAUAGUGGUAUUCAGCAAGAAAAUGUAAGAGGCAAUAUAUUAUUAUUAUUUUUAGUCGAAUUUUAAAAAAUAAUACUUAAAAGGGUUUCAUUGACAGACUCAAAGUUUUAACGACUUUGUUUGGUGUAAAAAAAAAAACAGUACACAGAAAAAGCUGUUUAAUAGUUGUUGUUUUUAUUAGAAUGUUGAUUCCUUAGGAUUUCAUCCAGUAACUCCAAAGUUAGAACUACCUUGUCCAGCUUAGUGAACAGUAACAAAGAAAAUUACUGCUCAUUAGCUAGCUUUCAUUUGAAUGGUAACACAGUAGUAUUUCUGUGAAAGGUUUGAACCCUGGAGUCAUUUCAAAAUUCUGUUGAGUUUGAUCGUCCGGGUGAACGGAGUCCUGAAUAGGACUGUUGUUGUUGACAGUGACUGACGUUUCGACAACCUGUGCGGUAGUCAUCUUCAGAGUCAAAGUUUCAUUCACUAACUCUAAAGUUGGAACUACCUUAUACAGCAUAGCAAUUACACAGUAAAAAAGAAAAGUUUUUGUUCUAUUUGGAGACAUCAUUAUUUUUUAUGUCUUCCAUUAUACUUCAAAUCUUAAUCCUAUUUUACGAUAAAUAAAUAUCUUAGAAAGACUUAAGCUUUAGAAUAAAAUAAUUUUCUUUAUAUUGUUUUAUCUUUUCAGAAAGAAGUUCAGUUAAAGUUUUGGUCAAAUGGUUUCUCUGUAGAUGAUGGUCCACUGAGAUCAUUUGAUGAUCCUGCAAAUGAACCUUUCCUGAAUUCUGUCAGACGAGGGUAAGUAAGCUCCACAGAGUCUAGCCUGCGUAGCAGGCGCUUGGAAGUAGUGGGCACAAUUUUGUCUCCCUCGCGCGCGCCUGUUCUCUCUUUCGCCAACUACUUCCAAGCGCCUGCUACGCAGGCUACACAGAGUCAAAAGCCAUUUGUCUAUUAGUCUUUUAUUUAUUUAUUUAUUAAAAAAAUAAUAUUAUAUAAGGUGACAGGAGAGAAAACGUCACGUAAAUAAUGAGUUAGCCUGUUUCAAUCGUCAUCGCUGUUAUUCCACCUCCCUCAAUUUGUCAAAUAUUGGCGAAUUUUUCUGGAGUUGAAUUCUAAAGGACUGUAUCCAAGUUCAGAAAAAGAGAAAAUCGUUGUCUUGUGUCCACGUUCUCCAUGCACAAAACGUGAAAUUAGGAAGUUUCACGUCGCAGUCGUGCAACAACGGCAAAGAAGGGUACGAACAUGCGUGCUGCAUGUGCAGAGUUGCUGUUUUGCUUUUAUAAAAUAACUAAGAUAGUACGCGCGCUCUGAUUGGCCGAGAGCAGUGUUUGCAUGAGAGUAUGUAAACAUGGUUGUGGCGUCAAGUUGUUUGGCUUUUCGCGCGCUAAUCACGCAAGCACAAAUUUGAAAAAGUUUUCGAGUUCAAAACUCAAAAAGUUUACUUUAUUUACCCAUUCCUUCGUCGGCUGAAACUUGGAAAAUCGUUACAAAGAAGGUGUGUACAUUUUUCUUCGCUUAAGCUGACCGUUUUAAGCGAGAAAAAUCCGUAUUUUGCAAAGCAUCUUUUUGCAAAACAAGAACUGAUUACGCGUGCAAGACUUCGUGGACAAGAUUUUGCGACUGGUAAGAAUUUCUCUUUUAAUCAGUGCCUUACAAAGAGUUUUGCGUUUUUUUCUCGGGAAAGUUAUUUUAUAAAAGCAAUAGAAAACUUUUUUUCUGUGUUUGCGUAGCCUGAUAUAAACACUCGAGGCGUUGGGAGAAUUCUCGACAGUUAUGCAAACCCUCGACUUCGUCUCGGGUUUGCAUAACUGUCUCGAAUUCUCCCAACCCCUCUCGUGUUUAUAUCAGGCUAUGCAAACACGGAAAACGUUUUCUAUUGCUUAAAUAUAAACGUAAUAUUUUUUUUGCCGUUCUCGUUGCCGUCGCCGACGUCGUUGCUCAAAGGAGCUGUGUCGAGGCAGUCCAGUUCAUUUUGUUUAAUUUUGCCAAUUACUCGGCCUCAAUCGCUAUGGAUCUUAAAGUAAGCAAAGAAAUUACAUGUAAAUGACAAAAUCAGGGAUUCAAGACAAACAUUUGUCUCUUAGGCAUUAUUUUUGAAGUUGCAAACAGCAGAGAUAAAUUUUGAGAAACUGUUGGGCUGAACAGUUUUCAAAAACCCUAAUUUCAAUCGGUUUCAAUCUUCUUCAGUUUUGCCCAUCCGUGGCAUCUGUUGUAUUAUUUUAACCUUCCUCAAAUGUUUCAAGCGGUUAUUUUUAUGUUUCUCUUAAUUUAACGGACGUUUUGUAAUUACCUAAUUUGUCUGAAUUUCGUGACACAGCUCCUUUAAGCUCCGUAUUACUGCGGAGAUGGGAUGGUAAAGUGUUUUAGGUUCUUGGGGUUCUCCGUUUAAAACUGUUCUGAAAGGUCUUGCAUCGCUUUUUAGGGAAAUUCCACAAGAGUUAUUAGCUUUGUCACGGAGAGGAGAGGUUCACGUAAAUAUGGAGGAUCACAGACAUGAAGAAUACGUUCCACCGCCCAUACCUAAGGUUCAAGCUUUCUCUGGUGCCGGACAUAAACUAGGAAGGUAUGCCACGUCUUUCAGUUUCUUCUGCCUUCAAAAAACUCACAUACGAAUAACUGAUACUUUAAAAUAGCAUAAAGUAACUUUAGGUCCCAGUAGAAUAAAGUACUUUCAUAAUCCGAACUUAAUACUCAGUUUGGGUUGAUCAAAAAAAGCCCGGAAUUUAGUCCAUCCGAAGCGAAGUUUAGCCGUUUUCCACGGCUAUACCAACCGUGAAGAUCGCCUUUGAACGUUGGCCGAACAUAAACCGAAGGUGAGUCGAACGCGCAUGAAAAGGUCAUCCUGUCUUGGCUGAACUCAAAUGCACUCACUCAUCCUCUUCAUCCCGGCUGGGACAUAAGGCCGCAAUCAAACUUCGCCACUCAACCUUGUCCAAACCCGGCAGCUCUUUCAUCUCUGUUCUCCGCCAAGUGUGUUUUGGCCAGCCUCGUUUCCUCUUUCCAGUUGGGGUUUCUCUCUCGAGGCAACUUUGGCAUCCUGUGACAACCUGCGGUUCUUAAUUUCGAGAGACAUAUUCAUACUGUCCUUCCUCUUAUGCAGUGCCUCAUUAAUAAUCUCGCUAUGCCGAAUAAGUCGAAUAACCAGUUGUCGGUUCCAGAAUGAAAAAAAAAGGAAUUUGAAACAACACAAUACUGUUUUUCAGCGAAGAGGGAAAUACGUUUAGUGUUUCGAUUUAAUUACUUUCCAUCGAAAUUGUCCAUGUUAACUUUUUCAGAUUUUAUUCUGACCAAAUUCUCAGCAAUUCAAGAAGCAAGUGCCAGGUGUAAACGUUACAUUGCUUGUUUUACGCCCCGCACGAUCCACAAUACCCUCCAUUCUCAACUUGUUAGACGCCAUUUUAAGGAACCAAUCAGAUAUCGUUCCUACAAUAAGACCCGUUUGUAUGGCAGUUCAUCUCUCUUUCCUCAUCUUCCCUUGCUCGUUUUUACUUUUUCAAGCCAUUUUACGUGAAAAGUAUGUUAAGUUGGAUAGGCUGCUUGUACUCCUUCUUUUCUCUUAAAAUCCCACCAGUUCUUAUCACAGCCAGCGGCCAGCGCGACUGCAAAUAACGACGUCACGAUGAGGGAUUAGGACGAGACGAGAAAAGACGGACUAUAACAUAAUAACCUUAAUAGCUUCGUUGUCCACAGACACCACAAAAGAGCCAGCAGUCUCUUAUGUUUUCUUUUCGGAUUUACGCCCUCGUUUAUCGCGGCUCGCGUGCAUGGGAUAUUCGUGGAGUAGCUUUGCAAAGAAAAAUAAGAGGCUGUUCGCAGUCUAUAAAGACAUUGACAAGCAGCAAGGAUGAGCUAGAAGGACAACUUUUCUUUGUGUUGUUCUUCAGCCCAGCGCCAGAAGUGAAGUUCAAUCAUUCAAAAGAACAAGAUACGAGUGCUACAAUACGAACAACCGUAGCCCCGAUCCCUAUUGACGAGUCACAGCCUGUCACCAGUAUACAAAUAAGAUUGGCUGAUGGAACACGGUAUGUAUAGGCCAUUUUGAAAUUGUCCUUUAGAUCGGGUCGGUAAUUGUGUCUAAAGCGCUAUGAGAUUGUUUUAGGGGAUGAAAUUGUGGCCCAUUUUCCAGCGCAACCGUGUAAUAGGCGUACGGAGCUUUAGCAACGAUGACGGCGACGGCAACGAGAACAGCAAAAAAGCCGAAUAGGUUUCGAUUAGUAAAACAACACCUUUGCACGUGCGUCACGCUUUUUGGUGCAUUUCUUUACCGUCUCUUCCGACCACGGCGUGAAAAUGCCUUAUUUCACGUUUAAUGGAGGACGUAAAUAAGCGACGACGAAUUUUUCUUUCUCUUUUUAAACUUGAUUGCGUUCCCCAAGAACUCAACUCAAGGGAAAUUCGCCUACAUUUGACAUUUUUAAAAGUGAAUUGGAAUAAACGCGUCAAAAUUUGAAAAACCGUGAAUUCUUUAAAAGUAACGUUUUCGUUGGCGUCGCUGUCGUCGACGCUAAAGCCCCCUAAUAAAAGAAGCUGUAUUGCCCCCGAAAAAGUCUCACAGUGCAAUCCGACGUAAUAAUGACGCCUUCUCACGCUUAAACUCAAACUGUUUUAGCCGCUUUGAAAACACCACGCAUUAUUUUUAAGGGGCUAUGUCACUGUCAACUCAUGAUUUCAGUUUUUUUGGUUUUGUGGGGGAGGUGGGGGGGGGGGGGGGUUUUAUCCCCCGUCCCCAAAAAUGGGAAGGGUCCCAAUUUUUUAUUUUUUGUUUUGUAUGUAGGGGAAAAAAAAAAAAAAUUUCCAAAAUAUAAAGACGUUUUUAAAAAAAAAGGCGUUGACAAUCGAGAAAAAAGAGAGCGAAGACUAUCAUUUUGCCACCACUCCACUGAUUUCGUCGGUGCGUCCUACGAAGCCGCUUCUGCCAGCCACGUGGUGUUUGGUCGUUAACGGUGUAUUUCUGUUUUUAUUGUGCUGGGGGGCGGUAGGGGGGGGGGGGGGUUAAUACCUCCAGUCCACAAAAUCUGAAAGGUCCCAAUUGUUACUUUUUGCUUGGUAAGCUGAGUGAAAAAAAAGAAAGCAUUGCCAAAAUCAAGAUCAGUCUUCAAAGAUAAUGGCGUAGCAAGUGCGAUAAAAGAGAGCGCGAAGUAUCCUAUGACGCAUUCUUUCUCUUUCUCUCCUCCUUGGUACGAGAAUCGUGCGCUUAAAACCUGAAUGUUUUUGUACAAAAAAAAAAAGAUACUGUUCCGGCGUAGUUUAUGUCGAGACAAAUGUAUCGUAUGUUUUUUUGUUUUGCAGCCUGGUUUCAAAAUUCAACCACACAAGUACAGUUGGAGAUAUUCGACGAUUUAUUUGUGCGUAUCCUUUUAUAAAAGUUUACUGUAUUUAGUUCAGUGAUGAACGUUAGUUUAGGCAUUUACGAGUUGGUUUGAAGAAUCUAGAAUGUUGCGUCCUUUUGCACGGGGCUUUCUUCACAAUUUUUUUGUCGUGUGACGAAACGGUUUUAGCUGGUUUUCCUUCUAUAACUUCUGUUCCCGCCCAAUGUAAGAACGAACAUUUUAAAUUUUAUUUCCAUCUGCCACGCUAGGUUCAUCUCCUUCGUCAAACAAAAAUCAAUAUAUACUUACAGUCAAACCCCGUUAAUAUAGACACUCAGGGUCCAUAGAGAAUACCGUAAAACUUCGAAAAUAAGUCCUGGGGCUUAUAGUUUUCAAAGGCCCUUUUUGAGGGGCUUAUCUACGGAGGGAAAUUUGCGUUUUAAAAUCGAUUGGGCUAGCCUUAUAGUUCGAAGGAAAUUUACCGUUUUUGCUUUGUUUUACUUUGCAUUUGAGGGCAAUUUCCAAGCACAAGCCCCCCGGAGGGCAUAUAUUUGGAGGGGCAAUUUAACGGAGGGCUUUUUGCGUUACGAGUUUGGGGGGCUUAUAUUUGGAGGGGCUUAUUUUCGGAAUUUUACGGAAUCCGUAUUAACGGGGUGUCGCACUCCGUAUUAAGCGGCUUGAAUUUAGAGAAAAAUGUAAGGGCUUUCUUUCCCCAGGGACAAAGCAAACUGUCUGUAAUAAUGAGGUGUCUGUAGUAAGCAGGUGUCUGUAAAGCCGAGUUUGACUGUAUUUAUUUGUUUGUUUAUUUUUUCAAUUUAUUUAAUUCUUUCAUAAUUUGUUAAGUGGGAUUGGAUGUCCCUUCAUAAUGAAUAAAAGUGUCGACUGCAACCUCAAUUGUGGCUAUACGAAAAAAAAUUAAAAUAUUUUGUCUUUGCAUGUCUUCCUUAACUAAAGCCGUAAAAAUAUAGUUCAAGACCACAAAUGGCUACCAGAAACUUCGUUCUCAUGACGACGUUUCCCAAUAAAGAGUUAACAAAUGAUGGACAGAAACUGAAAGACGCAAAUCUUUUAAAUGCGGUAAUUGUCCAGCGCUUCAAGUGAGUAAGAACUGAGAACUAGUUCAGGUAGUUGUGGCAUUAGAAGUACGAGAAUGAGUUAAACGCACGUGAAAGGCACGUGUUCGGUCGGCUUGUACUGAAUAUCUUGCUGUAUUGGAAAAUCUAAGGGCCUUCAACUCUCUGUCUGCUUUCAAGGGCUUUACAACACUAUUGACUUUAUAUCGCCCACUAGUUUAAAGAGUUAUGAUGCUUUUUGUGUAAAAUCUUUUCAAAAUAGUUUAUCCUGUAAAAAUAAAAUGUUCGGGCAAACGCGAGCGUUGUGUGCGGAGUAUGUGUUUAUUUAUUUUGUCUGCAUUGAAACAAACUGAUGC